CAAUAAAGGCGGUUUCACAGACAAGGUUUAGCAAAAGCCAGGAAAGGCCUUAGUUAAAGGGGACAUUUCACAAGACUUUUUAAGAUGUCAAAUAAAUCUUUGGUGUCCCCAGAGUACGCAUGUGAGGUUUUAGCUCAAAAUACCUUAUAAAUAAUUUAUUAUAACAUGUUAAAAUUGCCACUUUGUAGGUGUGAGCAAAAAUGUGCCGUUUUUGGGUGUGUCCUUUUAAAUGCAAAUGAUCUGAUCUCUACACUAAAUGUCAGGCAAGUGGUUGGAUAGUGUAGAUUAAGGGGCGGUAUUAUCCCCUCUUGACAUCCAAGGGAAAACAAAUUUCAAUGACCUAUUUUUUCACAUGCUUGCAUUAAGUUACUGAGUUGAUCUUUUUCACAUUUUCUAGAUUGAUAGAAGCACUGGCGACCCAAUUAUAGCACUUAAACAUGAAAAAGUCUGAUUUUCAUGAUGUUUCCCCUGUAAAUUAAGAUGUUUAAGCAUCUUUUAUAAACAUUCCCCUAGAAAAAGAUAUUACUGGUGUGUAUCUUGAGACAAAUCCAUGCAUAUUGAUACAAUCAAUAUUGUAAGAUCUGUCAAUGCAAGUUAUUUUCUGUUGAGACAACUCAAACCUUGUCUGUGAAACUGGGGGAAAGUGUUGUAAAUACGUCAACAAAUGCGAAUGGAAUGUUUAUUUCUUAGCCCGGAAACUCAGGAAUUACACUAAUUUGAGAUGAUAUUACUCUUUUGACCAGGUACUGGGAUCACAAGGUUCUAAUUUUUUUUUUUAAAUUAACAUUUUAACUAAUUAAACAAGCCAAACAACCAACUAAUUGUCAUGUUAUGUGUUGCCAUGUAAUUUUAGUUCAUACUGGGCAACCCACAACUUAUCCAUAUAGUCAGUGCACUGUGUGUGGUUUCUGAUGAUGUCUGUAGGGGGCGCCAGACUGGAGUGUUUGUCAUCAGACCUCUCUCUCUCUCUCUCUCUCUCUCUCUCUCUCUCUCUCUCUCUCUCUCUCUCUCUCUCUCUCUCUCUCUCGCUCUCUCUCUCUCUCUCUCUCUCUCGUGUAGUAGCAGUUCUAGUGUGUAUGUGUUUCUGAUGUGACUGCUAUGUGUAGUGUAGGUUCAGGUUCUGGUAAGGAGCAUAUUUUGAUGGAUUUGGCCAUCUGAUUGGCUGAAAUCUGUCAGUGACAGCUGGGAAACUGUAAGCGACUCCUGUUUCUGUAACUGGCCCAUCCCUUCCUCAUGCCGGUGCAGUAUGUGAAUGAAAGCAGACACAUCUGUAUCCACCAGUUCAGCGGCUGUCUCUGCACCCAUCCCACUGGACAUCAUGGCCAAGGGUGAGAAAGCCUCAGUUACUCCAGGAGAUAAACUCAUCAUCCAUCCUGAACCUGCUUUCACCAAGAUCCCACCAGAGACCCAUCUGGAUCAGAAGCUAUCUGUAUGUAGCAAACUGUGUUUCGCCAUCGGUGGUGCACCAAAUCAGGUGGCUGGGAGUGCGACUGCCUUCUUCCUUCAGAUAUAUCUCCUUGACAUCGCACAGAUUAAUCCAUUUCAGGCUUCAAUGGUGUUGUUCAUUGGUAAGGCCUGGGGUGCUGUGACUGACCCCAUUGUGGGAUUCUUCAUUACUAAAAGCAAAUGGACAAAGAUUGGACGACUAAUGCCGUGGAUGGUGGGCUGCACUCCAUUUAUGGUGGUCUCUUACGUCUACCUCUGGUUUGUCCCACCUUUUAUCACCGGGAGGUUCAUCUGGUAUCUGGGCUUCUACUGUCUCUACCAAACUCUGAUCACAUGCUUCCACGUGCCUUACUCCGCCCUGACCAUGUUCUUGAGCACCAACCAACACGAGAGAGAUUCUGCUACAGCUUACCGUAUGACUGUGGAGGUUCUGGGUACGCUGGUCGGUGCUGCUAUUCAGGGUCAGAUUGUAGCGAGCGCACACACACUGAAACACUGUCCACAUCACAACCUGUCAGCUGGUCACCUGGGAAACAGCAGUGGCAUGGAGAUCACCAGGACUGUGGGGCCAUCACAUGACUUCCUGCCUCAUGCUAAAAAGAUGUACAUGAUCGCUGGUGGUGUGAUUGGUGGCCUGUUUCUGGUUUGUACAUUAAUCAUGUUCCUGGGCGUCAAAGAGAGAGAUGAUCCAUAUGCACCUAAAACAGAGAGAGCUAUUCCCUUCCAUAAAGGCUUUAUAUUGGUCAUGAAACACGGUUCCUAUCUCACCCUGACAGCCGCUUUCCUUUUCAUAUCUGUGGCCAUCCAGCUGAUACAAAGUAACUUUGUGCUGUUCUGCACGUAUGCGGUGGAGCUGCGAGAUCAUUUUCAGAACAUUGUUUUGACAAUUCUGAUGUCAGCUGCAGUCAGCAUUCCGUUCUGGCAGUGGUUCCUGGAGAAGUUUGGGAAGAAGACAGCAGCUUUCUGCGGCAUAACGUGGAUUGUACCCUUCAUACUGAUGCUGGUGUUUGUCCCUAAUCUGAUAGUGGCUUAUGUUGUGGCCGUAUCAUCUGGACUAAGUGUGGCUGCGUCUCUCUUGUUGCCAUGGUCAAUGUUACCAGAUGUGGUGGAUGAUUUCAGAGUGGCAAACCGCACCUCAAAGGGGCACGAGGCGAUCUUUUACUCUCUAUAUGCUUUCUUUACCAAGUUUGCAGCUGGGAUUUCUCUCGGAGUCUCCACGCUGUGUUUACAGUUUGCUGGUUAUAACACAGGAGCGUGCAAACAGCCUCCCCCAGUGGUCUUUACACUGAAACUGCUGAUCAGUGCUGCACCGGUGGCUUGCAUCAUCAUAGGUCUCAUAAUCCUGCUGGUUUACCCCAUCAGUGAGGACGUCAGGUUACGAAACAAACUCGCCUUAGAGGAGCUCAGAAAGCAGAGCAUUAGCUGCAAAUCUCUCCGAGCUGAUCUAAUCUGAGCGGCGUGUAACGAUCUUGAUAUUUCAGUUUAAUGCUGGAAUGAGUUGUGUUAGUGUACAUUACACUGUGAAAGAGAUUUUAUAUGUUUGACUGUAAACAUUUCAGUUUCCUUCAGUUGUCAUUUCACAUAAACAUAUAGCCACAUACAUUACUGCAUCUAAAUGAAACAUAUAUCAUUAUAUCAGCAAAGAUUUACUCAUAAUAUAUUUUAUAAGUUGUUUUUAUAUUUGACAUAUUAUCAGAUGAGUUAUUAAACUUGUGCUGGUUCACAUAGCUUCAGCAUAUUUCUUAUUAAUAAUUUAAAAAUAUAUAAUAAAAAACAUAAUAAAAGUUUAAUUAUAUGAAUUGGAUGAUGUUCAGUUCUUUGUCAGCAGUCAUUUAACAUCACCACACAUCAGUGUUUACAUUUCUUUAUAACG